AGCUUCCGCUAGCUGUCAGUUUCCGUCAAGUGAAAAUUUAUAAUAUUUUACAGUAUGUAAAAAUUAAAAAAGUCUCUAAAAAUUAAAUUUGUGUAUUCAAUUUAGGUGAACAUUUUUGGUGUUGCUAUUAUUAUAUAUAAAAAGUUGUGCGCGUUUUCAAUCGUGUGGUAGUUAAAAAGUAUUCCUGGAUGUGUUUUUUUUAGCUCAAUUUUGUGAAUAAAAAAGUGAGUGUGUUUGACUGUGGGAGCACCGGAUGCAAAUCCGUUAAAAAGUUUCUGGUGAUUCGUAAAUUGUGAGUUGAGGUGAAGCGCAGUGCUGGUAUUUUCAAUAUUUCAAGUGCAAUGUCUUUGCAAAAGUUGAGCUCAACAAGUCUUUGACAUUAGACCAACCCUAUUAAUUGCAUAUCGUUUCGUUUGAAUUGAUUUCAUCGCGCAUCCAUAACGCCGCAGCAGCUGCAAAUGCGAAAUGCGAAUGAAAAAUGUGCCGAGGCGUUAAAGCCAGGAAGCGGGCAUAUAGCGAAAAUCUGUGUCAGAGCCAAUAAGUGGAAAACAGCGAGGCGGAAACAACAUUUUCGCAACGUAUGGACUCAUAUUUCUACAUAGCUGGAGUGUGUGUGUUAUAAGAUUGCAGGCAUAUGACAGAGUCGUUGCGGUGCAAUGCCAAACAAUGUUAUUGUGUUAAGCGGGUGUUGCCAGGCGAUAGCCUGACUUGAUGGCAUAAGCAAAUGAAGCAUUAAAUGCAUGAAUUUGUUCGCAAAUUUAAUACAUGUAAGGAGAAAAAUGAAGAAGAAGAAAAUAGAAGGAGCAGGUGUGAGAAGGAUUUGAAUAUUCAAUUUUUUUAUUGUCGGUUUUCAAGUUUUCACUUCAGAUCACCAAUAUCAAGAAAUUGUGUUGUGAGCUUUGUUGUAUUUAAGGAAUUAAAGUACAUAAUAUAAUGCGUAUACUUGAUUUAACACGAGCCACAAAAAUGUUCCCUAAUAAAUUUUUCAAAGAAAUGAAGAAGAACUCGCAUGUCUAGAAGAGUCACUUUGGGCGUUGUUUUUCAACUUAAAUAAAGGCGAGCGGACCAAAAGGCAUUUUCUGACUUAGUGUAAAUGACGAAUAUCAAAUAACUUAUUUAAAAGUGCCAGGCAACAAACCCCCAGCGUAGCAACUUAAAGAAACUCGAUAGUUAAAUAAAAUUAGAAUCAAUGACACGUUAGGGAGCAACGUCGAUGAAAAAAGUAUGCCACAAAAUGGAAAACAAACUUUUGUAAUAAAAUACCAGCCAUUAAAUAAAGGAAAUUAUUCGCAACGAAGCAGAAGAACCAACAAGUAAGUCAAUAUCGGCAGGACAUACAACCGCACAUCAACAAAAGUUGUGGCAGUGACGGCAGAGAAAGGUGGUGGAUAAGCAAUAAACAAACAUUGAUAAAUCAUUAAAAAUUCAUUGAUGACAGCAUUUUGCUAUUAAAAUAAUAAUAACUCUGAUGUUAAUAGAAUUACUGGGUGGCAGAGAAAGCAAUUAUUGGCUUAAAGUUUUCUAUAAAAAAGAAAUAAAAAUAUGCAAAAUAAUUUAUCAGCAGUGGACGCCUGACCAAGCGCAACAUAUCCCUUUUGAACCAGCACAAUUCUCGAAAAAAAAUUGUCGCGCGCAUCAAUGAAGAGCUUGGAUCUCAGCGAUCAAAAUCAAAGUUUUCAUGCAUAUCGGCUGCCUUUUAUACAACAACAAUAAAAAAUAACACAUGAAAUUGGAUUCCACUCACUCAAAAAAUAAAAAAUUUAAAUAAAACUGAAAACAGCUGCUAUGAAAACUACAACAACAAAGCGGCAUUGAAACGCCGAAACACACAACAACAACAACCAUUUCAUCAAAACUCCACAAAAAUCAAAGUCAAUCAGUGAAAUUGGUUAAUGUCAAAAAAAUUCCGCACUCAACGCUCACUCAAAAAGCUGACAGUUGACGACAAAAUUAAUGAAAUGCUUUUCGCACAAAAAAUACAAAAAAUUGGAUGCCACUUACUUGUAUAUUGGAAACGAAAAUAAAAAUAUUUAUCAACACAAAUAUUUAAGAAAAAACAACAUUGAAAGUAAGCAAUAAUGGUAUAAAAUUUAUCAAAAAUUGAGGUGAAAAAGUGCUCCAGUGAAAUAUAAACAAAGAAAACAUAAAAGCUUAAAAGCGCCGCAGGUGUCCUUGGCCGCGACAGGACAACCGCAUAAUCGACGCAUAAACUCAUUCAAAAUGAUUAACAAUAAUUUGGAUUAUGAGCGUAAUAGCAACACAAUGCCUGCGGGUGUCGACAUCGAUGUCGCACCAGCAGCAACAACAAUAACACUGUCAACCACAAUAUCGCCAACCACGGCGAACAGCAACAAUCGGAACAGCAACAGUAACAGCAAUCACCCGAGCGUCGACAACGGCAGCUACUUUAAUCGUUUCGACAAUCGCAUUGCCGCCAAUUUGGCAGCUGUGUUGACGGGUUCACGCUUCCGCUCCUCGUCCACAUCUUCGCCCACGAAGACACUGCAAAAGACGAAGAAUGCAAACAAUCUUCGCACUGCGCACGGCUUCUCCAAUUCAAGUACAAAUAUGCAUGCCGUCGGCAGCGCCGUCACUCAGCAUUACAGUGGCGUGUCGACGCUGGGUGGUGGCCGAAAACCACCCGCACAUCUGCAGCUGCAUAACGUUGGCAGCGACUCGCGACCCUCAUCGCCCCAGCUGCAUGGCUCGGUGGGGCGCAAUCGACGUCCGUUGCAUUUAUUCACGCAAGCGAAUUUGAACUGCAAUGACAACGAGAAAGCCGCGCACACGCCACCCAGCUCGGACGAAGACAACUCACCCACAGAGUUGAAUAAUUGCAAGCGUUUGGUCGACAAACCGCCCCUGGUCAAGCGUUUAACCAUGGGCUUGUUGCGUUCAAAUGAGGAGUCGCGACCGCUUGUCAGCAUUGGCACACCCACGGGCACAACAAAUACAAACACACUGUGCAACGCCAGACUACAUAAUUCGGCAAGCAACAAAAUUUAUUCGAAUGGCUAUAUUAAUGAGGAGGCCUUUGAGCCGGAGAAAUUUAUUGCGAGCAAAUUCGGUGAUUCCUGCCGGCAAUCGCUGACGGCUAUACCCAUGCUGGACACUGUGAAUCUGAACGACAACACCGAGUUCAAUCUAAAGAAGCGUUAUUUGCGUGAAACGAGUAGUGCAAAUUCCAGUCCGAAAAUAUUCGCCAAUCGCCUGCGCAAUAACACAUUAUCAGCAGCCAUGCGCUCCAGCACCACCACCAAUUCCACUACAAAUACCACAAUCACAGCGGAUGCCUUAGAUGAAACCGAGGAAGCUGAUCUCAAGGAUGCCUCGUGGUUUCAAGCUGGUAUUUCACGUGACAUAGCCGUCGAAGUGCUGUCGAGCAAAAGUCCUGGUGCCUUCUUAGUGCGCAAAAGCACCUCCAAGCCGGGUUGUUUUGCCUUAACGCUGCGUGUGCCAUCGCCACCUGGACCAAAAACGGCGAAUUACAUUAUACUACGAACGGCGAGAGGUUAUAAAAUAAAGGGCUUCCGCAAGGAGUUCUCCACGCUGCAGGCCUUAAUAACUCACCAUUCUGUUAUGCCGGAAUUGCUGCCAGUGCCGUUAGCCAUGCCACGCCCAACAAAUAUGACCUCAUCGAGACGCAAUAUCGAUGACUUUGACACUUACGAUUCACUACAAAUGUUGGUGAAGUACUUACGCGCAAAAACUUUGGAAAACGAGUAGUGUUAAAUUGCGCAGUGGCGUAUAUUUAUAAGUAAAGUGGCUAUAGUUUGGUCUUACCUGAUGUGAAUAAGCACAAAAGAAGCACAAUAUAUGUUACAAGCUAUGAAAAUUUGAAUUACUAUAAGCUAAAUAAAUACCUUACUGGAACAUGCAUACUCGUUCAUCCAAGCUUGGUACUCUUAAGUCCCAUCUUUUCACAGCAUAAUUUAUAAUUUCCCAUUGCUUUACAAAAAGCAUACCCUCUACGCACACAAAAUUGUUUAAAAUAAAUAUAUAUAUUGUAGAUAUGUAUAUGUAUCAACAUAUUUGCGUAUGCAUGUUAGUAGAUAUAUGAAAGCAAAAACAACAAAAAAAAACAAAAAUGUCUAUAGAAAAAUGUGAUAUCAUUAAGUGACACUACAGGUGACUGCGGCGCACGAAAAUGGCUCCAGUUGCAAAACUACUUACAUAGUUUACUUAGUCUGUAUGUAUUUAAUGUUAAAGUUGUUUGGUGUGUAACUGUUAAGGGUGGCAAACGUACACUAUUACGCAUUUAUAUGUAUGUGUGGCUAUGUACAAAUAUUAAUUAUAAUUAUAGCAUUAUUAUUUGUGUAAGGAAACGCCAUGUUUGCAGCAAACUUUGAAAAGUUUUCGGUUCAUUGUAAAUAUAGUUUAUUUUGUGCAAAAUCAAAAAUGUGAGACAUGCAAAAUAAAUUUGUUUAGUUUUCAUAAGAAA